GUUUUGGUCUUGUCGUUGCCGUCGUGUUGCGCGUUUCGUAGACUGCCGCUGUGUUUAUUUUAUUUGCGUUUACGUGCACUCACCAUUACUACAAGCGUAGCGUUCGUUAUUAAAUCGUAAUAAAAUCAUCAUCAAAAAAGAGAAGAAAAAUAAAACAGUUACAUACGCAAACGACACAUUUGCGCUUUACGGGUCGCGGAUAGCGAACAACGAAGUGUUUUUUUUCGAAUGUUUUUGUUUGUGAAUGCAAGCGAAGAAAUAAAUAUCAAGUGAAAAAGGAAAUUUGCAAAAUCAAAAACAACAUACACAGACCGUAGAAGACGCGGUGGGUGACAAGUGCAAAAAUUUAGGGGUUGCAAAAAAAUAUUUUCAGCACAGAUGAGAGCGGGAAUUAGUAAGAGAGCAAGAGUGUAAGAGAGCGGCCGUUGUGUGUGAGUGUGGGUUGAAAAAGGAGAAUAACAACAACAAAUCUUGCAAAACAACAACUCUUUGCUAGCUCCGACUCCUACUUCGUACCCUCAACACUACCCCCCUCAGCGUGUCCCGCGUGCCAUGCGUGACCUCGGCACCAAAAUGGCCGAGCUAAAAUUCGAGGCUCCAUUAGCGAAAUUCGAGGAGACGGACGAAUGGGGCGGCUGUGACUUCAUCUCCAAUCAGAAUGUGCUCAAUGAUACACUUAAUUUGAAUUUGAACGCUUCCAAUCGGAAUAUCAAGGAUGCGGCAACGAAGCAACAGCAACAGCAGGAGAAGUUGCGUCUCCUCGAGGAUGCUGUGCGUGAUGCGCACAUCAGUAAAAAUGGUGUUGGAGCUGCAGCAACUGCAGCGGGCAGUGGCAACAUUAGUCCCAAUUGCAAUACGCACAAUAACCUCAAUUUACUCAAUGGCGAUUUGGGAUUAAACGAUGUGGCCGCUGGUCUAACGUUGGGCGAUAACUUGGAAAAGCGUAACGGCGAUAAUGUGGAUAACUUUACGGAGACAUUUGGGGGCAGCUUGGAGGAUUUGGUGAAUACGUUCGAUGAGAAGAUCACGAAAUGCUUUGGCAACUACGAGGAGAACGUUGAGGAGUUGGCGCCGGUUCAAGUGCGCAGUCAGGAGGAGAUUAUGAAUGAAUGCCAAAUGUGGUGGACCAUCACUGGCAACUUUGGCAACAUUCUGCCCAUCGACUGGUCAAAGUCGUACACACGCCAGAUGCACAUGCCGACCCUAAAUCUGGGUCAGAAUCGAACAAAGCAACAGCAGCAGCAACAGCAGCAACGCAACCAACAGCAACAGAAUCCACAACAGCAACUGGAUGCACAGACACCGGGCGAUGAGUUCAAUGACUUGACCAGCGAGGAUGAGGCGGUGGCCAAUGAUUUGGAUAUGCACGCCUUGAUAUUGAAUGGCCUCAACGGUGAUGUCGAUGAGCCCAUCAAAUCGGUCGAGGAGGUCAUCAAGGAGAUCGAUGACAUUAUGGAUGAGGCCGAAAGUCCGCUCGAUGAGCCCGAGAACUGUGACUCCGAGGUGAUUGAAAAGGCGCGCGAGGUUCUCGGUGCGCCCCUCUAUGCAGAAAAGCUACAAUAUUUGAGCAGCACACAGCUGAAUGAGCUGUACAUGGAGAUGGAGAUGCUCAUCCAGGAGCUGAGCGAGACACUGAUCAAUGAGCUGGCGCUGCGCGAUGAGCUCGAAUUUGAGAAGGAGCUGAAGAACUCGUUCAUCUCGCUGCUGCUUGCGGUGCAAAACAAACGUCGGCAAUAUCAUGUCGAGAAGAAGCGUGGCAAGUUCCAAGGUCCAGAGCCCAAAUACUUGACCACUGUCAUACCGUAUCAUCUGGAGAAUGGCACACCCAACAAUCAGUCCCUGCAGGUGCUGAUCAAAAUACUCAAGGCCAUUAAUGAAGACAGUCCGACGGUGCCGACGCUGCUAACAGAUUACAUACUGAAGGUGCUGUGCCCCACAUAAACAAAUGUCAAGCUGCAAUAAUAAACAACACUACAACAACAACAACAAGAACAACAAGAAGGAAGAUGAAAUAGAAGAUGAAACAGCAAACAACCAUAAAAAUACGCUGUAUCUCUCUGUCUGUGUUUAUACGAGUAUAUACUUUAUAAAAUUAGUUAUAUUACCUAAAAUAUAUAUACAUAUAUGUACUACAAGCAAAGCACCCUAUAAGCAGCAGCAGCUAACCAGCACCCUGUAAGCCUCCAUCUAAAACUUACCCCCAACUCAAGCCAUAGCCACAAUUAAGUCAGCGAUUAUAAUGCUAACACACUGCUUGGAACCAGACAGAUAAUUGCAGUACUCAACAAAUGAAAAACGAGCAGCAUAGAUAGAGAUAGAGAGACAACAAAACCGAAGAAGCAGAUGGAUAAGUAGACAAAAGAGAAAGAGAUGGAGAUAGAGACAGAGAUAGUAUUGCACGUAAUACUCAAUCUAUUGAAAUUCUUAACUUACCAAUUACCAACAUUAUAUAUAGAUGUAUACACCCAUCCCGCUUCAACAUUGAAAUGAUCAUGAUCAUGAUGAUAUAUGUGUGUGUAAUAACUAGAGUGUAAUGCCAUAUACAUAUUCAUAUACAUAUAGAGAAUUGAUGCACUUCUUUCGCAAUUUCCUCGACUUCUCUCGACUUGCCCCUCAGUGUAAUUGUUUGUGUUUGUCGCUGCUUUCCGACUGCAAACCCAAUUGAUUUGUGGUGGCCAGUUGGCUAAAUUAUAUAGUAAACAUAAGUGUGCAGAGCAUCCAAUAUAUCUGCUAUAUAACUAAAUAAUACAAACACACAUGUAAUCGUAAAUUGUGUAUGUAACGAAAGCAAAAGGGAGAUCAAAAAGAGAUAUAAUUUAAGCGCCAGUUUAUAUACCUGUAUGUUGUACGUACCACAAACACACAUAUAAAUAUCUGUAUAUGUAUCUAUAUAGACUAUAUAGUAUAUAUAGCAUAUAUAUAGAAAUAUGUGUGUAUAUAAUUGUAAUUCGCUUUUUGGCUCUUGCUUCAAGAUGUGCUCCCAACGAGUUUGCAUUUUGCUAUCAUCAUCUCAACUGAACGUCAGGUUUAUUAUAUUGUAUUCUAUAUUAUUACUAUGAUUACGAUUACGAUUACGAUUAUGAUUAUGCUAUCACUAUUAUUAUUAUUAUUAUGAUUAUUAUUGUAUGUAUAUUGAAUGCAUUCGAAUCUAUGUGUAAAUUAAUUGUUUUCCAUUUGUUGCAAUUCUACUUCGAUUUCGUUCUUUUUACGCGCUCCAUUUCUGCAAUAAGAUUUAAAUUACUAUUAUUAUGAUUAUUAUAAAUAUUAUCGAAUAUUAUUAUUAUUGUGUAAUACGAAUAUUCAUAUUCAUUAAUGAAAUUGAUCAUGUUUUUAGCUCGACAGCGUUGCGAGUUGUGUGCGUGGCCAUAAAAUGCUUUUUGUUUUGUUUAAAACUAAUUUUUGAUUUAAAAUGUAAUUUUAAUUUGCAUGCAAAACGCUGUGUUAUUUACUUUUACCAAACAUGCAUAAAUACAAAAUACAAUUACAAAUACGAAUUCAAUUUAAAUGUAUACAUAUAACUACAACUACAUCUACUAUAUAAAAUACAUACAAAAUAUAUAUACAUAUAUAAAAAAAAUACAAAAAAAUCGAACAAAAUCACAAACAAAAUAGUUUAAAUUUCAGUCAGGCGCACAGUGCUUUUACUAAUUAUUUUACUUAUUGAUUUUUUUUUAACUGCAUUAAAUAGUAAAACAAUUAACCGUUAUAUCGGACAGUCCAACAAAAUGAACAACAUUUAUAUCAUGUUUCACAUUUCACCUACAUCAAAACAAAAUAUAUGAAAAGCAAACAAAUCAAUGAAAAUUUGUUAACUUCGGUGAACCGAAGCUUGCAAGCAAAAUAUUUUUCCAAAAACAUUUCGGAAAACUUGAGUACACACCACAUUUAAUGCAAAUCUUAGGUACCUUUCAAAAACAAAACAAAAUAUGAAUUCAUACCUAAAAUUAACUAAAUCUCUACCAAAAAAGACACAUACAAAAACAACUUUAAAAAAAAUGCAUAAAUGUUUACGAUUCAUAUAAAUAUUUAUAUAUACAGAUAUAUCUGAUAUAUGAUCGCGCUUUAUAAUAAAAUAUAAAAACAAAAACAUAAUAUUUACUAAAAUGCGAAUUCAAAUUCAUAGCAAAAGAAAAUACAACAUUUUUUAGGUCCUCAAGAAGGCAACCAAUAAAUUGCUAUAUAAUAAAACGAAAACAAAAGGAAAAACCAACACGUAAUUCAAGUGUAUUUGUACAUUUAUUCGAAGAGUCCAUGUUAAUGUCGAAAACGUAGGCGAGCAAAGUAUGGAAAUUAUAUUUAUUUGAUAAAUUAGUAAAGAACAAAAACACAAAUAAGAUGCAUUAUAUAUA